AUGGGCAAAAAACUUAAAUUUCCUUUUCUUAUCAAAGCCACCGAAACCGCUGCCGCUAACUCCGCCGCCAUGAGUUCUUCUUGGCCAUGGCCAACUUGUGUCAACAACCCAAAGACCCUUUCUUUUCGAGCUAACAACAAUGAGAUAUUCAAGACUAUGAAUUCUGCCUACCUUGACAAAACCACCAUUGAAGAAAUUCUUGACACCCCAGAUUCACUUUUUAGCGUUAGCAACUCUUUUGAUGAAAGUUUUUCACGUGCAUCAAGAAAUGAUGAAUACAUUAUCGAGAUGGUGAUUCGAGAUUUAAGAUCAGAUAGGUUGUUUUUUGAGCCUGGAGAGACAAGUUCAAUCCUUGAAGAAGCCAAAAUUGACGAGUCUUUUCUUUAUAAAGAAAGUACAGUAAUGGCUUUGGAAUCCAGGGAUCCCUGUGCGGAUUUCAGAUUAUCAAUGGAGGAAAUGGUGGAGGCUUAUGGAUUGAAGAAUUGGGAAUGUCUUGAAGAACUUUUAACUUGCUAUUUGAGAGUUAAUUCAAAGAAAAAUUAUGGGUAUGUUGUUGGAGCUUUUAUUGAUUUACUGGUUCAUCUUGAAUUUGUGGCUUCAAUUUCCACGUCUUCAACGGAUCAUGGACAGUGUUCUUCAUCUUCUUCGGCUGCAACUCAAUAUUCUUUCAAUUCUCCCUUUUCAUUUUCUUCAUCUACAAAUUCCUCAACUAGUCCUCGGUUAUCUUCAUUAGAACAUGAAGAUCAGAUCAACGAGAGAAAUGUUGACACCGCUUCGUCUGAAUCAGUCAUUGUUCAGCAGGGGUCCAGUUCAAAUACAGUCUUGCCUCUAGAUGCUUAA